AUUAAACUUAUAUAGGAAAGCAAAAUUCAUAAUUUGAUUAUUCAUUGGUAGAUGUUAUUUUUUCAUAUCUCCAGAAUAAUCCUCUCUCUCUGCGUCGGUUCCUUUCCACUCUCUACACCCACAGAUCGUAUAAUCUCCGGCGAAGAAUCCUCUAGAACCUCCAUGAAUCUACCAAUACUCAUCUCUCUCUCCUCCAUCUCCAAAUCAACCCAUAAACACUAAUAUGCCUCCUCAACUCCGAACCAGAAGAACCAAACAACAAAACCCAAACCCGGACCCGAAUCAAAACCCGAUCACAAAACCCGAAACCGCUCGUGGUAGAAGAGGUAGACCAGCGAGAAACCGCAACAUCGCUUUCGCACGUGAUGAUCAAAUCGAUGACCGUUUCCUUCUAAACAACAACAACGAAGAAAACGAACCUCACGUGCCUCCGGUUAGGUUUUGUAGAGAUAUUAAGCAGGAUAUUAUGGAUGAUGACUGUGGUAGCGGUGGUCGGAGCCCCGGUAAAGCUCCGGUAGCUGAAGAUGAAGGAAGUACACCUCCCAUUCCUGAAAAAGUUCAAGUAGGCGGUUCACCGUUGUAUAGAGUAGAUAGAAAACUUGGGAAAGGAGGGUUUGGACAAGUUUACGUUGGUCGCCGUGUCGGUGCCGGAGCGGGAGCUCUUGAGAUAGCUCUGAAGUUUGAACAUAAAAGCAGUAAAGGGUGUAAUUAUGGACCUCCUUCUGAGUGGCAGGUUUACAAUGUAUUAGGUGGUAGUCAUGGUGUCCCACGAGUUCAUUACAAGGGACGGCAAGGUGAUUUCUAUAUUAUGGUCAUGGAUAUUCUUGGCCCUAGCUUAUGGGAUGUAUGGAAUAACAAGACACACACGAUGUCUGCUGAAAUGGUGGCGUGUAUAGCAAUUGAGGCUAUCUCCAUAUUAGAGAAGAUGCAUUCUAGAGGAUACGUGCAUGGUGAUGUAAAACCAGAGAACUUUUUGCUCGGUUGUCCGGGAACUCAUGAAGAGAAAAAGCUUUUUCUGGUUGAUCUUGGAUUAGCAUCCCGUUGGCGUGAUAAUUCGACUGGUCUUCAUGUUGAGUACGAUCAACGUCCAGAUGUAUUUAGGGGAACGGUUCGUUAUGCAAGUGUACAUGCUCAUCUUGGUAGGACAGGUAGCAGAAGGGAUGAUUUAGAAUCUCUUGCUUACACACUAAUUUUCCUUCUUCGUGGACGGCUACCUUGGCAAGGAUACCAGGGAGAAAAUAAAGGAUUUCUUGUCUGCAAGAAGAAAAUGGCCACCUCACCAGAAAAUAUGUGUAUCCUUUGUCCUGCACCUUUUCGGCAGUUUAUUGAGUACGUAGUGAAUUUGAAGUUUGACGAAGAACCAAAUUAUGCAAAGUACAUAUCACUUUUCGAUGGAAUUGUUGGUCCAAAUCCAGACAUUAGACCCAUAAACACCGAUGGUGCACAAAAGCUUAUAUAUCAGGUUGGACAGAAGAGAGGACGGUUGACCAUGGAAGAAGAUGAUGAUGAGCAUCCAAAGAAAAAAGUUAGAGUGGGAAUGCCAGCAACACAAUGGAUUAGUGUGUACAGUGCACGCCGGCCUAUGAAACAAAGGUACCAUUACAAUGUUACUGAUAUGCGGUUGUCCCAACACAUUGAGAAGGGGUAUGAAGACGGGUUGUUUAUCAGCAGUGUAGGUUGCUGUUCUAACCUUUGGGCACUGAUUAUGGAUGCCGGCACUGGUUUCACUGCACAAGUUUAUGAACUCUCAUCCUACUUUCUUCACAAGGAAUGGAUUAUGGAACAGUGGGAAAAAAAUUAUUACAUUAGCGCCAUAGCAGGAUCUAAUAGUGGGAGCUCGUUCGUUGUAAUGUCGAAAGGGACCCAGUACUUGCAGCAAUCUUACAAGGUCAGUGAAUCAUUUCCAUUCAAGUGGAUUAAUAAAAAAUGGAAAGAAGGAUUUUUUGUCACUGCUAUGGCCACUUCUGGAAGUAGAUGGGCAAUUGUUAUGUCUCGUGGUGCUGGAUUCUCAGAUCAGGUUGUGGAGCUUGAUUUCUUGUAUCCUAGUGAAGGCAUUCAUCGAAGAUGGGACAACGGUUACCGCAUCACCUCAACUGCUGCUACAUAUGACCAGGCUGCUUUUGUUCUUAGUAUUCCAAGAAAAAAACUGGCUGAUGAAACUCAAGAAACACUCCGAACAUCUGACUUUCCUAGUACUCAUGUCAAGGAAAAAUGGUCAAAGAACCUCUAUAUUGCAUCUAUUUGUUAUGGAAGAACAGUUUGAUGAGCCAUCUUCUGAGAUUCAGCUGACAUAAUUUUGACUUUUCAUGUCACACCGCCUUCUCUUACAUCUGCUAGUUUUGGAACUGGUGAUCCUCUCUGACAAGUUUACUGAACAAAGCCCUUCAGCAUUGAUGUAUGCGUAACCUCUUAUUAUGGCUAUAAUCACUUAUCAUAUAAUACAAUAUCUAUGCACCGUAUGUCAAAUGUAUCAAAAUACUCGCGAGCAACUUUAGAUAAUUUUUUGUCCACCUGGGUGAGUCAAUAGGAAGUUUGUAGGGGUUUGAAUAAUGAUUACAAUGUGAAGAAUAUAUUUACUCAGAUUAGGUUGUUUAUUGAAGGUAUUUUGUAAAUGUGCUAUUAUACUUUUCCAGCAUGGGCACUGGAUAAAUUCAACUGUGUGUUCCUUGUA